AUGUCUGAACCCGAACGACAGCCGAUUGCGACGGAACCGUUCCACGACGAUGAUAACGAUGACGACGAUCAAGAACAACGAUCCGAAGCAGAACUAUCGAACGACAACGUCAACGAAGAGCCACCCAGGCUACCCGCGCAAUUGUUGGCCGAGGUACACGCGGCUUUCGCCAUGUUUAGCGAGGGCAGCGACAAGAUGAACGUCAGACACCUAUAUAUGGCAUUGCGCGCGCUCGGCGUAGACGCGACUGACGAAGACGUCAUCGCCAUAGUAGACGAAUACGAUCCAAAAGGACGCGGCUACAUCACCCGCAACCAAUGGACGGUAUCUAUGACGCGUCGUUGGGCUGAAGACGGAGCGCGUCGCCGGCGAUUCCGAGGCAUGCUAGCGGCCGGCGAUUCAACGUCCAGCGGUCAGGUGUCGGUCAGCCAUGUGCGCGCCGUGCUUAACGAAUUCGACCCAAAGGUAGUGACGACCGUGGACGUGGACGAAAUGGUGACCACCAUGGACUAUGCCGGUUUGGGAAUGAUCGACUACGACGAUUUCAUGGACACAAUGGUCCGACCGGCCCCGCUGGACAGAUAUCUUUAG